AUUUUGGAGCCAGAGCACAAGCCAACACUCCCUUUGCCUCCGCAUGGGCUUGCGCCAUCAUCAUGGCUUGGCAGAUGCAACAGCAGAUGCGGCCGCCGCAAGCGCAAAUGCGGCCGCCGCCAGCGCAGCAACGUCCGCCAAUGCAGGGCGCCGGGAAGGCCAGCGGCAAGGGAGGUUGUGUGCAGAGCGUGCAGAGACUGGUGAGCCAAGCCGCCGCCCAGGGCAGACCGCAGCCGCCUCCGCCUCCCACACCGGCGAAUUCUGCUGCGGCCAGUGGGAACAUUGUGGUGACGGGCUGCAAUAAUGCAACUGUCUCCAAGAUCAUCAAGGGGUCCUACUCCGUGUCAGGCUCAAACCAUGGCAAGCCUGUCUACAAGAAGGACAACACCGAGCCCAACGUCACGGUGCUCAUCUACUACUGGGACGAGCGGGACGGGCCCAACUUCACCGGUUGGUGGUUCGGGCCCAAGGUGGGCGGCGACCAGGUCUGGUCCCACGCGGAGAACAGGACGGCGCCUAUGCCACCGCCGGGCGGCUGGAAAGUGCCCUGGGAUGGGCAGGUGGAUCCGUCCCUGAAGCUCAGUACGGCCCCAAAGCCGCCGCCUCCAGCGCACACCCCGGCACACACGCCACCGACUCCCACGCCGCCGGCGGGGAAGGGCCACGUGGUGGCGGCCAGACCACAGGGUGGCGCCAGACCGAUGUCCCAGGCUGCGCGCCAGGUGGUUCCGCCGGCCGCCUCCGGCGCGAGGCCGGCCCUCGAUCCCCAGAAGCAGGUGCUGGAGGCGGAUCGGAGAAGACAGGCAGAGGAGAUGAAGAGAAAAGCCGCCGAGAUGAACGCUCAUGUGAAACAGCGCGAGGAGGAGAGCAAGCGCCGGCGGGAGGAGGAGGACCAGAAGGCGAAGGAGAGGACCGCGGUGAGCAGCGUCCGGCUGUGCAUACGAACCGUGCGGGGAGCAAAUCCGGCGGGCUACGAGGUGGCGAGGCAGAAGUUGGAGGACGCGGUGGCCGCGAAUUUGGAGCUCCUGGGGUCUCAGGCCGCCAAGGUGGGCUUGGAGGCGGAACAAGCCCUGCAGCAUGCACAGCAGCGCAUUGAUGAAAUCAAUGAGCACAAGGUGCAGGAGGAGAAGAGAAAGCUCAACCAGGAGCAGCGCAUCAAAGACGAUGAAGAGCAGGCCACCAACUUCUCGGAGCAGGUGAAGCGUGAUGCAGAGAUGCAUCAGCAAAAGUUGCAGGAGG